AUGGCGUUCUGCUACCUGAAGUCUGCAGCUUGCUCGAAUCUCGAGGAAUGGUUUUGGGAUCCAGGGCGCUUUGCCCUAGUAAAGGGGAGUUCCUCUUCCAUGAGUUGCCCGGUCAAUCCAACAUCCACUCUGGUUCCGCCGGCCACCACAUCUACACCAAAUUUGCGUGGAUCACCAGAAGGGCUUCAGGUUAUCCACACGCCGGCGCCCAAAGCAUUGCCGAAGGGCGGAGAACAACCUUGGUCUGUCAAGUUACGUUACCACACGCCUGCUCCCAGCACCUUCGCUGAGCAGGUGUUCCAGUCUGAGCCAGCCUUCCCUCCACAGGCGAUAAGUAUGAAGCGGAAGCAGAAUGGGUGGGGAUGGCAAGGAGGGUGGCAAGCAGGAGCUUGGCAGAGAGAAGAUUGGAGAGAUUGGAAAUCUGGGGGGGCAGCCUCCAAGAAGCCGUUCUGGCGACGCUUUGUGGAUCCAUCUGACAAUCCAGAGGUGAUCCAGUGGUGCCGCGAGCGAGUUCAGGCUUUCUUGGACAGUGGAAGGAGCCAAGAAGAAAUGGAAUGGCUAAGCAACGAAUAUCGCAAUACGAUCAGAUCCUUGGCGCCUGAAAUGGGCGCCGCCUGGAUCAAGGUCUCCAAAGGCAUUUAUGCGCUGGCUUGCUCCAAGGAGAACUUAGAACCCGUGCGCCUGCGGCAGCGUUUAGUUGAAGAGGUUCGGAAGAGUUGCAUGAAAGCUGGAGGAAGUUGCAAGGCUUCCUGGGUGUGGCGAGACAUUCCGCAGGAUCUUUGGGUUUCAGCUGCAACUACCCUGAAGCUGCGUAAUAUCAAAAGCUUACCAGAUGUGUGCCCCCAAGAAUGUCAAGACGCGCAGCUCAGACUGAGCAAGUCAACCUUCAAAGUUGGUGAGGCAGAUGACUUUGAGGAUGCGCUACAUGUGCACUUCGAUGCGUCACAUCUGGCUGCUGCGGCUGGCGUUGUGGCGGCCGCCAGCAGGGCACCACGCCGGCAGCGUUCGGCGCAGGACGCGCAGGGCCUUGAUUUUCUGCGGAGGCCGUCGAUGGCCAUGGGACCAGAGGACCUAAGGAGAGAACAAGAAAGGCCUGGCUACGUGAAGAUGCUUCCCAUGCGUCAGCAUUUGCCAGCCUUUCACAUGGCGAAGGAGAUUUGUAGCUCUGUGCGGGACAAUCAGGUGACCUUGAUUUUGGGAGCGACCGGUUGUGGGAAAACGACGCAGAUCCCGCAGUUUCUACUGGAAGAUUGUACCCUGCGCGGCGAGCCAUGCCGCUUGGUGGCCACCCAGCCACGCCGCAUCUCCGCCGUCUCGGUGGCCGACCGAGUGGCCACGGAGCGGGGACAGACGCUGGGCGAGUCCGUGGCGUUCAAGAUCCGCUUUGAGGAUGAGAUCACUGAGACCACGCAAGUGAUUUUCUGCACUGUGGGAAUUUUGUUGAAGGUGAUGCAGAGCAACCAGUAUCUGGAAGGGGCGACCCACAUCGUGGUAGACGAGGUGCACGAGAGGGGCUUGCACACGGACUUCCUGCUGAUCCUUUUGCGAAGAUUGCUGAAGGAACGCCCGGAGCUGCGCGUGGUCUUGAUGUCUGCGACUGUGGACCCCUCGGCCUUCCAAGCCUACUUUGAAGGCAUCAACACCGUGAGCAUCCCUGGAAAAACCAACUACCCCAUCGAGGAGCUCUUCCUGGAGGAUUUCCUGCUGCAGCUGCCUGAGCUGGGAGGUUGGCGCUCGAACCGCCAGAUUCGUAGCUCGCCCUUCUCCCAAAAACCGUUGGCAGUGCCUUUGGACUGGGAGGGCGUGGCUGCUGUGUUGGGCGAGUCGGCACUGGUGGAGGAGGUAGUGAGGGUCCACAACGAGAUGGCGGAUGUCAUUGAUCUUGAGCUCGUGCUGCGAGUUGUGAAAAUGAUCCAUCAAGGAGGAGAAGAGGGUGGCAUCCUGAUUUUCAUGCCUGGCUGGGCAGAGAUCAAAGAGAUCAUCGACCGCUUGAAGGGUCGAAGCUUCGCUGGGGACCUGGUGAUUCAUGCGCUGCAUUCGCGGCUUCCCACCUGGGAGCAGAAGCAGAUCUUCCAGAGCCCGCCCGAAGGCCAGCGGAAGGUCGUGGUGGCCACAGUGCUGGCAGAGACCUCAAUCACUGUGGAGGAUGUGGUCUAUGUCAUCGACCCUGGGCGCAGCCGCACCACCUUCUUCAAUGAGCAGACCAUGAUCUCAGCCUUGCGCACUGUUUGGUACUCCAAAGCCAAUGGCUUCCAGCGCCGCGGACGUGCAGGGCGCUGCCGACCUGGCGUGUGGUAUCGGCUUUACACCUCCAUGCAGUGGGAUGCCAUGGAGGAGUACGAACUUCCGGAGAUGCUGCGGUCGCCUUUGGAGGAAUUGUGCUUGGAGGUGGCCUCCUUGGGGCUUGGUGUGCCGGAGGAGUUUCUGCAGGAGGCGAUCUCGCCGCCCCGGGCGGAAGUGCUGCAGCAUGCCGUGGAGCUGCUGCAGCGCCUGGGUGCGGUGGAGGGCCGCGGCGAGACGGUGACGCCCUUGGGUGCAAAGCUGGCGAAGCUGCAGGUCCACCCAAUGCUCGCAAAGCUGCUGCUGCUUGCGGCGCCCUUUCGUUGCUUUGAUAUGAUGUUGACGAUUUGCGCGUCUUUGGGCUACAAGCCGCCUUUCAUUUGUCCCAUGGGGAUGGAGAAGGCCGCGAACAAGGCUCGGCAAGAGUUGUCGGAAGGCUCUAGCUCCGACCUGGUGGCAAUGGUGAAUGCCUACGAAGGCUGGAAGGUUGGCAGGGACGCCUUUGCUCGCCAGUACUUCUUAUCCAAAGAAACCAUGGAAUACAUUCAUCGCCUCAGGGAGGAUCUACUGUUGAGCAUUCGUGAGGUCCUGCAUGAAGUACCGGAGGAUCAUGCGGAUCAUCAGGCCCGUGCAAACGCCUGCAAAGCUGUGCUGACGGCCGGGCUCUACCCGAACCUCGCGUGGCUUCAUGGGAAGGGUCGUGGCAAAACCUUGCAGAACUUGCCGGUGAAGCCACACCCUGGGAGUGUCAAUGCUGCGGAGAGUCAUUGCCUCAUGGUGUUCUACGAAAUCCAGGAGACCACAGACCGGUGGCUCUAUGACUCCACGGUGAUUGGAGCAGCGCCCCUUCUCCUUUUUGCGCCCGCAUUGACCGAGGUGCAUCGAAAGCAGCGGGUGGUCUUUGAACUGGAGCGGUGGCACAUGGCUGUGGAUGUGCGGGUGGCAGAUGAGCUUCUGAAGUUGAGGCGCUUGCUCGCCAGCUUUGUGAACGAUGUGGUUGGGGAGCGUUUGACCCCCACUCAGUUGCAAGCGGCAGAGGCCUUGCAGAAGGUAUUCGCAGAACAAGUGGAGACCACCGGUGGUACUGAGGAUGAGGCUGAAGGUGGUGAUGGGGAGAAUAGUGCGAACAACAGUGUGAUUGAAGAUGCUUGGGAUUCUCAACCGCAGGCCUAG